ACUGUGGAGAACACAAGUAAACAUCUAUCGGGAUGAAUUCACAAGGUUGGAAGCGGAACCGCACCUGCUGGAUAGCCCUCCUCACUCCCAUUCGGGGCCUAAGAACCGUUUUUCAGGCCUUUAGUCUCUUGGGGCCUGUACGAGGCUCUUUAUGAACAUUUUCCUCUGUUUUUCUCACUUCCACCCUCAAAGGCUGUCUGUCAUUUUCCAAAAAAAGGUCCUGGAGUCUUCGAUGAUUUCUCCAAGGUCAGCCAGUGAGUGGCCGGGCUCCUACCGCGGAACCGGCCCACUCCAAGCCCGAGCACUGCCCCGUCCGGCCCGCCAGCGCGAGGCUGGGCUUCCGGGCACUCGCGGCCGUCGUCGCCGUCGCGCGAGGUGAAGAGGCCCAGCCAGCGCGGCGAAGCCAGCAGGGGACCGCGGACCGAUUGCGCCGCGGGUCCCUACGUCUGGGCGCCGGGCCCCGGUGUCCCGGCAACAGGACUGGGAACCCAAGUCACACUCACCUGCUCGCCUGAGGAAUUACCAUGCCCGGUAAAGGGAAACGAGGAAAAGGCCAAGGCAAGUCUCGCGGGAAGAAGCCGAAGAAACCGGAAGUGGACAUUCUCAGCCCCGCCGCCAUGCUGAACCUCUACUACAUCGCCCACAACGUUGCCGACUGCCUGCAGCUGCGAGGCUUCCGCUGGCCAGGCGCUCCCAAAUCAAAGAAGGGGAAAAACAAGACUUAAUAUAGCAUUCCACAGACAGCAGAACUUGGGAAGAGAAAUCAGGAUAGCACAACUACUGCAAGCAAAAUAGACUUUACUGAAGACAAUUCGAGAUGCAAGCAAAGUGUGCUUUUUCUGUGGUAGUUCAUGAUAAAAAAAUGCAUUUUACUUCGCAGCUAAACUCAGCUAUAGUUAGCCAGUUUGCUUUUUUUUCAGAAGAAGUUAAGGGGGGAACAAGUCUGAGUAAUUCCUACCGAGUGUGAUGGAAUUGAUAGGAGUUUAAAAAUUAUUAUACUUCUGGGUCAGAAUAAACUUUGUUCUCAA